AGAGCCCUCCGCUCAAGCCCGACGCGCCCCAUGGCGCGCCCGCUGUAGGGGGUCCCCGGCGUCUCGCUCGCUGGGGGGCGCGCCGCCGUUCGCGCGGCCCACCCGCGCUCGUCUGCACUGGGCAUGGCCGCGGCGCCCGAGGGGGAGGGCAGCAGGGCAAGCAGCAGGAGCCAGCAGUUCCUGGAGUUCACCGAGCGCCUGCGCGGGCGCAGCUGGAAGCAUCCGCGUCGCCGGCCGGUACCACCGGCCUCCUCGCCGCAUAGAGGACGACUACGAUCUCACCGACGAGUUGCUCGGCAGGGGCGAGACUGGGGACGUGACGGCGGCGUUUCGCAGGAGACAGGGUAACGACAAGCAGCAGAAGUUUGCGGUGAAGACGUGCCCUCUAGCUAACAUCAAGCACGCCAAGUUUCAGAUGCUGCUGUCCGAGGUGGAGACAUUUUUGUAUGUUGACCACCCCCACAUCGCACGCUUAUACGACGUUUAUGAGUCUGGUGAGCGCCUGUAUUUCGUCAUGGAGUGCUUGCAGGGUGGCGAGCUGUUCGAACGCUUCAGUAGGCUCGGCAAGUUCGCCGAGCCCGACGUGUCGGACUUGGUCGUGCAAAUACUGCUUGCCCUGAAUUACAUUCACAAGCACGGCAUUGUCCAUAGAGACAUCAAGUUACAAAACUUGAUGUAUCAGAGGAGUGAUGGAAACCACGUGAAAUUCAUCGAUUUCGGCUUCAGCAAGCUACUCGACUCAAGCAUGCGGCUGAAGAAAGCAGUUGGCACCCUCCUCUACGUGGCGCCCGAGGUGUUGCAGAAGAACUACGAUAGCCAGUGUGACAUGUGGAGCUUGGGCGUGAUAGCGUUCGUUCUGCUUGCAGGAUACUUCCCUUUCUCAGGUGAAAAUCUCGCCGAGGAUAUACAGGCCGGCAAGCUUGAUUGGAAACCGUCGCAUUGGGCUAACAUAUCGGACUGUGCGGCGGAUUUUGUCAAAGCUCUUUUAAAGGUCGACCCGAAAGAGCGAUUGACCGCUCACGCGGCGUUGGAGCACAGCUGGAUCCAGCAGGCCAGGCAGCUAAGAUCGCUCAGCGUGGACGUGCACAGCGCCGCAGAUGCGCUGGUCAAGUUCAGCCACGUCCCGAAGUUCCGCAGGUGCUGCAUGAUGCUGUUGGCGUGGUCGCUGACGGCCGACGAGCGUGCCGGGUUCCGGCAGCAGUUUACGUGGUGGCGGAUUUCAAUGGACGCGGACGGCCGAGGGACACUGUCCCUGGCAAUGCUCAAGUCCACCCUGGCGAGAUCGCUUCAGCUCCCAGAGGAGGAGGCGCAGCUUGUGUGCCGCGCGCUUGGCGCCGAUACCCACGAGAUGAGCUACACCGAGUUCCUCGGGGCCAUGCUGUCGGCCCAGUCCGAGAAGAGGGAGGCCAUGAGAGUGGCGUCGUUGUUCCGGAGGUUCGACACGGAUAACUCCGGAUCUCGUGGGCGGUAACACGUCCGCGUCCACGGCCUCGCGGUCCGGACUUCUCGGGUGCGGCCCCACGGAUACCGGGCGGCUCUGUGCGGAUGCCUCGCGCCGAGCAUAUCCGCGGGGUUGCGUGCCCGCGGGAUCGCGCGGCGGUGCCCAGACCGCGAGGGCACGGCUACGGAUAUGCCCGUGGCCCGCGAGGAUACCUGACCGCGGAGUCUCUGAGCAGCUUCUGCCACAGGGUCUCCGACGAGCCGGGCGCCGAGGAGCAGUUCAGGGCGGCCUUCCGGGAGCUCGACACCGACAACGACGGCAGGGUCUCGUGCGCCGAGCUGGAGGCCUACCUGCGGCGGGAGGUCGCGGUGCCGCCGUCCCCGCCCGUCCUGAGCGCGGGCGCCGCGGCGCCCCGGGCGGGCCCCGAGGCGGAGGGGGGCGCCCCGCGGGCCGCCCGCCUCCUCUCCUGCCUCCUCGGGUGGCUGCCGCUGCGCUGCUGCCAGCGGCCCGCGCGCUAGCCG